AAAAACAACAUAACAGCAGCAACACCAAAGCAGCGAUCGCAAAACGCCGGCAAACUAUGUAUUACAUUACACUGCAUUUGUUGUGAAAUAAGUGCAUGGAGGCAUUUAUUAUCGCUUGUUUUGUUUUCCAAUACGUUCUGACCUUUAAUCAGAACUUGGGGUUUUUCCAAUGCACAAACAAUUUGCGCACAGCACGUAACGUACGACAUACGAUGAAGGCGUCUUCUAGCUUUGGUCCUGAAUUUCAGAAGGUUUGGCCUCAGACUUCGGCCGGCCUGCCCGCCCUCACUGAUUUUGCCAAACAAUUGCUGGAGGCAUGCAAAGCUGUGAAGAAACCCAACACCGACGCCAAGUCGGUGGAUUUAUCAAAGUUAAUGGAACUUUCCAAAAACUUUCCAUGCAAGUUCCCCAUAGACACCUGCCGUGUGAUGUCGCAGCCAAAGGACCGCUGGAACAACAUCCGGCACCAGGUUGCUUCUGCCUAUCCCAUCAUCCAUGAGCGCACGCUCUUCUUGUAUCUUCGAUUUCUGGAGCACAAACAAAAGUUUGGCACCGCCCAGGAGUUGCUGGUCUUCAAAAAUAUGAGCCUGGUGGAUUUCGUGCAACGGCUGCUGAGUAAGCGCUGCGUGAGCUUUAUGAGCAGCAAUGACGCAUUCGAAUUGCUGGAUGGCAGCCGUGGGAGCGACGGAUUUGAGAAUAUAGGAACCCCUACUGAGAAGCCGCCGUUGGUGAUUCAGAACGUUCUGAGCUACGACGAAAUCAAGCUGUCAGCGCUGCUUUAUGUUUCCUCGCACUCUGAAUUCAUCAACAAUGGCAGUCGUAAUAAUGUCGGGGCAGUUGUUCUGGACAAGUCCACAAUUGAAAGGGAGGGCGUUAUUAUGGGACUAAUUGGAGGACGUUUCGAGCGACCCAACGUAAUGGAGUGGCAGGACAUUAUGAUAACACCCGAGCAGAAUGUACGCGCAACUGGCUAUGGAGCUUCGAAUAGAAGAACACGCGCUGAUGAUUAUCGCAGCAUCUGGCGCGAAUUCUAUGAAGAACCACAGGACUUUUGCUUCGACCAAGUGGUGGUUGACAAUCGACGCUUCUCCCACACUCAAAAAGAUUUUAUAUUCGACAAUGUUGUGAUGAAAAAGCGAUACGCCAUCACCUUCGAUACGCUGCUCCUAGAGUGUGAGGCACGUGCUGUGGCGGCUGGUAAGCCAGCCUAUGUUCACAUCGUUGGCUACGGCCUGGGAGUGUGGAAAGAGACCGAACAGCAGACGAAUAUCUUUCUCGAAACAUUCGAGGAACGCCUGCGCGUCCUUGCCAAACGACUGAGCCACAUAGGUAGUGUGCACUUCUCGUGGUUUCAUUUGUCCAAAUGGGGAGGACUGGAGGACCAAACGCUUAUACCGACGACGACGCAUCCAAACGGUGGCAUCUUGGUGCGUUUCUCCAAUCGGAACCCAGCCGACAAGUUGCCGGAAAAUAUGUUGCCUAUAGUCACGUACGCUUGGGAUGCCAACGCAUUGCCGGGCAAUGAGUUCUGGAUAGGCUCGCUCUCCGGCAGUGGAGAUCCGGCGGCCGCUUGCAGCACACUCAUCACUGAGCUGCACAAUCCCCACAUCAAUCUGAACUAUACAAGCGGCGCUAAUCUACAUAUUGCCUCGUUGGAGCACGGAGUAAUGCACAUUGCAGAGUACGCCAAACUAGUGGCCUGACUUUACUUACUCCCACUAUAUAUGUAUACCAAAUGUUAUUCCUACAUAUAAAUAUUCCUUUACAUAUUUAAUUGUAAAUAUACUAAAUUAAUGAA